UUAUAGUGAUUGAGCAAAACUAUGCAUAGGACAAUAAAAUAAAAUUCUGGUUGGCAAAAGAAACCAAUUAGAUUCUGACAAACAAACAAAGAAUAUCAACUUCUCCCAUUUAUUAAAAUACGCGUGAUCCUCGUGUCGGUCUUUUAGAUAAUUUGUUUGGUUUGUUCCAAACCCCAAAAACCACUAAGAUCUGACCAUUUUGUUCAUCGACUUUUUCAACUCAAAAAAAAAAAAUGCUCAGAUUAGCGAUUUCGUUGUUUCUUUUUGCAUUAUGCUCUUUGACAUCAUUUUCGUCAGCAAGAUCCUUCAUCACCACAAAACCUCUUCCGAUUGAUUCAUUUCUCCCUAAACCAAAGCUAGAGAAUGCGGGUGUGUGUUCUUACACGGUGAUCAUUAAGACAAGCUGUUCCUCCGUGUCUUACACUAGAGAUAAGAUCAGUAUAUCGUUUGGUGAUGUCUACGGCAACGAGGUGUAUGUGAAGAGACUAGACGAUCCAUCCUCGAGGACGUUUGAAAAGUGUUCUUCAGACACAUACAAGAUAUCGGGACCGUGUAUGCGCGACGUUUGUUAUCUCUACCUCCUCAGGCAAGGAUCCGACGGCUGGAAACCAGAGAACGUUAAGAUCUACGGUUCAUCCAUCAGAUCAGUCACUUUCUACUACAACCUCUUCUUGCCUAACUCUGUUUGGUACGGCUUUAAUGUCUGCAAUGGCAUUAGCAAUACCAAGCCUUCUCAACCCAUCAGUACUGCCUCUUCCGUUGCAGCUAUGUAAGAUUAGUUAAAAAAAUAAACAAGGACUUGUGAUUGUCUGUGGAUUACUAUUUUUGUGGCAGAAAUACAUGGAGAAGAAGUACAAAUGUGUUGAUCAUGAGUGUAUUUGAGAAAAAAAAAACAUGUAUGUUGAUGCUUUGAUUUUAUCUAUUGCAAGUGGCUACUUGCGAAGUGGCCUAGCCUUUUUUUUUU